AUGUUGGUUUCGAUAUCAUGGAUGACUUUUUGGUUGGAUCCGAGAGCAUCUCCUGCUCGAAUCACUUUGACUAUUACUAGUCUGCUUACUCUAACUACUAUGAGCAACGGAGCUCGACAAGACCUUCCUCAGGUGUCCUACAUCAAGGCACUAGACAUCUGGUUGACUUUUUCGCAAGCCUUGAUUUUUCUGGUAUUGUUGGAGUAUUCAUUUGUCAGUUUCUACAUCACACGACGGGUAUUUGACUGUCCUCAUCGGUCAUGUUAUUUUCAAACACAGGGACUCUCAAACAACAAUCACAAGCAGGGAGUGAGUUGGUUGGCUUUUACGGUAAAACUCCAAAUUCUACACAGAAUUAAAGAGAGUUAG